AUGCGGGAAGACAACAUCCCCUGGUCUGGGCCGCGUAACGUCUUUGCUGUGCUCGGCCCUGGGGUUCAUAUCGGGACAGUCAUCCGGCGAAGCGCCGACAAGUCAGAUACAGCCUUACUGAUAGUCGAUGCCGUGUUACCCUCCGCUCGGGACUUGAGGCUGCGGCCCAGAUCCGGUUUCGGAUCCUGCGCUGGCGGUGCCACCGCGUGUUUGGUGUAUGGAGCCGGAGAUCCGGGCCAGUCACUCUCGACCUACCCAGUGGACUGCUCUGCAGGCUGGCUCGGGGGCAACGACAAGGCGGUCAGUUUCGAGUCCACAACCGGGUGGAUCUUUCAUCCUCGUGUUUGUGGGAGCCAUCGCGGCUACGAGGAGCCGAAGACCACCCAGGAUCUGGAAAGGUAUUAUACCGAUGAUCGGAUGAUGGGCGUGAUUGCACGAGAUGUUGUUACGGGUCCCGGUGUAGCUUGGUGUAUCCGCUCGGGGAGCCACAAUUUCGGUCAGUCAACAACCUCAUCGGACAGCAGGCCCUUGGUAGGCUGCGCGGCUGCCGGGGAAGGAAGUCCACCAAACGCGAAAUCCGGUGCCGAGUUGCGAGUUGAUGAGCGCCGAUGA